GGUGUAACGCGACCACAAGCUUCAGAGUACUUAGAUGGCGUUCGUUCUCGAUUGGAUCUGUAGUUAUUGAUGCAGUGAUAAUUAUAGUCAAGUCAGUGAUUAAUGUUUUGAAGAAAAUUUUAAUGUGACUUCAACUGUAAACUCGUUAUCCAUGUCAAAAUGGAUACGUCAAACGACUCAGCCUUGUAUAGGUUAGAAGGAACGGAUAAAAAUCAAACAGGAGGGUUGGUUAUUCGAAAGAAACCCUCCGAUCAUACAUUUAAAAAGCCUCAAGCGUCCGUUUUAGGGCUGGACAAACUAGCUAAACGAAAAAGGCAAGAAAAUGCUCAAGAAUCUAAAUCGUUUAAAUCCGAGUCAGGUUCACCAAAGUCAGAAAGCAAAGAAAGAAAAUACCGUUCUUAUGCUGAAGAAACUCCAACGCAUACUGGUGGAGUAAAUUAUGAAGCGCAGAAAAGAUUGGAAUCGCGUUUAAAGCAUCAAAGAUUAAGUGCGCAGGAGAAAAAUUAUAGGCACGGUCAUAAAGACAGAGACCGAGAUAGAAAUAGAGAUAGAGAAAGGAGUAGAAGCAGAGACAGUAAUAGACAAACGCCUUUGAGAUUCAAAGAUGAACCGCAAACUCCUGUAUUUAAAACGAGAGAUCCAACGUCUAAAAGCAAUUGGGAUGACGAUGAAGAUGAAGAACCUAGAAAAUCAAGUUGGGACCAUCCGACGCCAAAUCUGUAUAGCAGUAGAGACGGUAGAGAUAGCAUCAGAAGCGAAUUUACACCUUCUUAUAAAUAUAAUUCCUGGAUUAAAGAUCGAAAAGCUAGCGGCGCUACUCCUCGUAUAGACGGAGAAGAAAAAGAAUUAUGGGAAGAAGAACAACAAAGGUUAGACAGAGAAUGGUACGCCUUAGACGAUGGAGAAAAUCAUGCCUUCGCUGAUGUAUCCGAAGAAUACACCCGUAAGAAGGAAAUGGAACUCGAAGCGAAAAGGCAGAAACGUUUAUCGGCACAGCAACGACAAAUAAAUAAAGACAAUGAAUUAUGGGAACGUAACAGGAUGUUAACGUCCGGUGUUGUGAGCUCUUUAGACCACGACGACGAUCCGGAUGACGAAGGAGAAACUAGAGUCCAUCUUUUGGUUCACAAUGUUGUUCCCCCAUUUUUGGAUGGUCGAAUCGUAUUCACCAAGCAACCAGAACCCGUUGUACCUGUGCGUGAUCCAACUUCUGACAUGGCUCUUGUAGCAAGAAAGGGAUCGGCAUUGGUGCGAGCGUAUCGCGAGCAAAAGGAACGAAAAAGAGCGCAGAAGAAACAUUGGGAAUUAGCUGGCACGCAUAUCGGUAAUAUUAUGGGUGUACGGGACAGGCACAAGGACGACAGAGAAGAACCAGGUCAGGAAACUGAUUUCAAAGCGGGUCAGAAAUAUGCUCGUCACAUAAAAGGCGACGAGGUUACCGGAGAAGCUAAAUACAGAUCCAUUCAGCAUCAGAGGAGGAGUCUUCCUGUAUUUGCUGUACGUCAAGAAUUAUUGAAUGUUAUAAGAGAGAACAGUGUUGUAGUUAUUGUCGGUGAAACUGGAAGCGGAAAGACUACGCAGUUAACGCAAUAUCUUCACGAAGAUGGUUACAGUCGUUAUGGAAUAAUUGGUUGCACGCAACCUCGACGAGUAGCAGCUAUGUCUGUGGCUAAAAGAGUUUCCGACGAAAUGGCUACUACUUUGGGAGAGAAAGUUGGUUAUGCUAUUCGUUUCGAAGACUGUACUUCAAAAGAUACUGUUAUCAAAUAUAUGACUGAUGGUAUUUUACUAAGAGAAAGUUUAAGAGAGGGAGAUUUGGAUCGGUAUAGCGUGAUUAUUAUGGAUGAAGCUCACGAGAGGUCUUUGUCUACCGAUGUUUUGUUCGGAUUACUUAGAGAGGUUGUGGCUAGAAGACACGAUUUGAAAUUGAUCGUAACGUCCGCUACGAUGGAUUCAAGUAAAUUUUCAACCUUCUUUGGAAAUGCCGCAACCUUUCAAAUUCCUGGCCGUACUUUUCCAGUCGAGGUGUUACACGCGAAAAAUUCAGUCGAAGAUUACGUGGACGCCGCGGUGAAGCAAGUUUUGCAGAUUCAUUUGCAACCACGUUCCGGUGACGUGUUGGUCUUCAUGCCCGGUCAAGAGGACAUCGAGGUUACGUGCGAGGCACUGAAGGAGCGUUUAGCAGAGAUAGAAUCAGCCCCACCGCUUUCGAUUUUGCCUAUUUAUUCGCAGUUACCCUCGGAUUUGCAAGCGAAAAUCUUUCAGCGUUCCGAAGGAGGCCUACGAAAAUGCGUGGUGGCAACAAAUAUAGCUGAAACAUCGUUAACCGUGGAUGGCAUUGUAUUCGUUGUAGACUCUGGUUACUGUAAAUUGAAGGUAUACAAUCCGCGUAUCGGUAUGGACGCUUUACAAGUGUACCCGGUAUCUAGAGCGAACGCUGAUCAAAGAGCAGGAAGAGCAGGACGUACCGGUCCUGGCACUUGUUACAGAUUGUAUACGCGAAGACAGUAUCUCGAUGAAUUACUGUUAACCGGUGUUCCAGAGAUACAGAGAACCAACUUAGCCAACACUGUAUUGUUACUAAAAUCAUUAGGCGUUCAGGAUUUGUUAGCAUUCCAUUUCAUGGAUCCUCCGCCUCAAGAUAACAUACUGAACUCUUUGUAUCAAUUAUGGAUCUUAGGCGCAUUAGAUCACACAGGACGCCUGACACCUUUGGGACGACAAAUGGCAGAAUUUCCUUUAGAUCCCCCUCAAUGUCAAAUGCUAAUUGUUGCUUCCCAGCUUGGUUGCACCGCGGAUAUACUGAUCAUAGUUUCUAUGUUAUCGGUGCCCUCGAUAUUCUAUCGGCCAAAAGGUCGGGAAGAAGAUUCCGAUUCGGCGAGAGAAAAAUUUCAAGUACCAGAAUCUGAUCAUCUAACGUACUUGAACGUGUACAAUCAAUGGAAAGCUAAUGGCUAUUCCAGUUCAUGGUGCAACGACCACUUCAUACACGCCAAGGCUAUGCGUAAAGUAAGAGAAGUCCGACAGCAGUUGGAAGAAAUUUUGAAGCAACAGAAAAUGGAAGUCGUAAGCUGCGGCACCGACUGGGACGUUGUAAGGAAAUGUAUUUGUUCCGCGUACUUCCAUCAAGCGGCUCGUUUAAAAGGAAUCGGUGAAUACGUGAAUUGCCGUACGGGAAUGCCGUGUCAUCUUCAUCCAACCUCGGCGCUGUUUGGUAUGGGAUUCACGCCGGAUUACGUGGUGUAUCACGAGCUCGUAAUGACCGCCAAAGAGUACAUGCAGUGUGUCACUGCCGUUGAUGGACACUGGCUAGCCGAAUUAGGUCCUAUGUUCUUUAGUGUAAAAGAAACGGGUAGAAGCGGACGUGCAAAAAGACGUCAGGCGAUGCAACAUUUGCAUGAAAUGGAGGGACAAAUGAAGGAAGCCGAGGAAGAAAUGAAAGCGCGAGCACAAGAACAGCUUGAACGAGAACAAGCUUCCAUUAGAAAGCAAGAAAUAUUGACACCAGGAAUCCGAGAACCCGGAACGCCUGCUCCAUAUCGCAAAACUCCAGGAAGACUAGGAUUAUAAUUGUAUAUAGUUCAAGAAUUUGUAAAUAGUCUAAACUAUAUGUAUGUUCAACAUAUUACUUUGUCUCAGUUAUCUUUUUAUAUAUACAUAUAUAUAUAUAAAUGGU